UCAACAUAACGCGCGGUUUGCAUGAAAACGUUUAUUUAUUUUAAAGUUUUGUAUUGAUUGUGAAAUUAAUCACUGCCAAAAACUAUUAGUUAUGAAUAGUAAAGGGACUCCACGUUCACGUACAAAUGUUGCCGCUGCCGGAGAAGUAACCCCUAUUCCAAAUGGACGCUCUAGACUUACUCCAAGUGGUUUAAGACGGAGGAUUGUGUAUAACUCGGAUUCUACACAUAAAAUUCUAAAUUCUGAAGAAAAAAGUGGCAAUAAACAAAUAGCGAAUAAAGUAGUUUCUAAUGAGAGUUCCACAAAUAUGCCUCGACUAACUCCACGGUCAACUGCGCUAAAUGCUUGUUAUACUCCUUCAUCCCUAUUUCGUAAAGUGGUGUCAACACCUAUGAAUAGGUACCGCACGCCACAAUCUACUCCAUCUACAAAUAAAACAAAACCUAAGCAAAUUGUUGAAUCAGCUUCGUCAACUCGAACAAACGAUGCUCUAGAUACAGAGAUGAGUAAUCUCACGGUUGCUGUGCGCGUCCGUCCUUUAAACGCUCAAGAGUGUUCAUUGGCCAAAGUAUCCAAUGUGGUACGCGUUUUCAAAAAUGAAUUGACAGUUUCCGCAGGCAUGACCGCCGAUUCUUCAGCAGGCCUUACCCAUUCUUUUACCUACGAUUAUGUAUUCGAUUCCACAGAUCCUGAUAGUAACGAAUACGCUAACCAAGGAGAUGUCUUUGAAGGAACGGCGAUGCCAUUGAUAGAUCGAGCAUUUCAAGGGUACAAUGCAUGUCUUUUUGCAUAUGGUCAGACCGGUUCCGGAAAAUCUUACAGUAUGAUGGGUAUUGAAGCUUUAGACGACGAUGCAUCAGGCAACAGUGCGCCACAUCCCGAAGCAGGAAUAAUUCCGCGCUUUUGUCGAGAACUUUUUAAACGUUUGGAUAGAAAUAAAAAUACAAUACGCGCCGAAAUCGAAAUUAGUUAUUUUGAAAUAUAUAACGAGAAAAUACAUGAUUUACUUUGUGUGACUCAAGGAGAACCCAAUUGCAGUCUUAGAAAUAUGCAUAUGGCUAGCACUCCAACCACGACAAUUGCGAAUAAUCGACCGGCAUUAAAAGUGCGGGAACACCCUAUCUGGGGUCCGUAUGUGGUGGAUCUUAGUGUCCAUCCUGUAGAUUCAUAUGAGGCUAUGAGAAAUUGGCUUGCAGUAGGUAACUCACAACGUGCAACAGCUGCCACCGGUAUGAACGACAAAAGUUCGCGUUCACAUUCUAUAUUUAAUAUCGUAUUGAACUUGACGGAAAUUGGUAAUGAUUUAUCGAAAAACGAAUCUUUGACGGAAGAGGCUAUCUCGUAUGGCACACAUCAAACCCGACGAAGCAGGAUAAGUUUGGUUGAUUUGGCGGGUAGUGAACGUAUUUCGACGGUGGGUACGAAUGGAGAUCGUAUGCGGGAAGGCGUUAGCAUAAAUAAAAGCUUAUUGACUUUGGGUAAAGUAAUAGCCGCACUUGCGGAUGCCAAAAAGACCACAAUGGGCGGAGUAUCUUUUGUACCAUACCGGGAAAGUGUUCUGACAUGGCUAUUAAGGGAAAACCUUGGAGGCAAUUCGAAGACAGUUAUGCUCGCCACUAUAUCGCCAGCUAAUGUGAAUAUUGAUGAAACCCUGUCCACAUUGCGUUAUGCCUGUCAGGCCCGUACUAUAGUCAAUCGAGUGAAAGUGAAUGAGUCGCCUCAUGAUAAAAUAAUACGAGAAUUACGUGCCGAAGUUGACCGCCUGAAAUCAUUGAAGAACGAAUAUGAACGCCAACGUCGUUUGUCGGCCAAUACUAAUCCUACGCCAAGAAAAAUUGUGAUUGAAACAUCAGUUGAUGAAAGUGAAGUCGAAGCCUUGCGGCAGCAGCUUUCCGAACUCGAAGGAGAACUGGAUAAAGCGCAAAAAUCAUGGAUGCAACGUUUGAAAGAAGCAGAAGACCAGCGCAAGUCGGAAUUGCGGCUUCUUAAGCGUAAAGGGCUUGCAUUAGAAUUGUCAACGGAUCAGAAACAUGCGUGUCUUGUUAAUUUAACUGCUGAUGCAAUAUUUAGCAAUACUCUGUUUUACAUUUUACCACCUGGACAGGCUACAAUAGGCCGCACACGCACUUCAACUUAUUGCAGUCAGCCAGAUAUUUUACUCGACGGCCCGUUGGUUGCAUAUCACCAUUGCAUAAUCGAAAAUGAAAACGGAGAACUGUUCAUAACACCUCAAAAUAAAGAUUUCGAAACCUAUCUGAAUGGCGAUCUUGUAACCGAACGUCAAAAAAUGUUUCAUGGAGAUCGUUUGGUGAUAGGCGGCACACAUUAUUUUCGAAUAUCAAAUCCAUUCUGUUCACAACGAAGUAAAAAUGUGGUGGUUGAUUUCCAAAUGGCGCAUGAUGAAAUCUUACAUAAGCAGGAAGAGAAACUUCGACGAGAAUUAGAAGAGGAAAAGCGUGCGGCUCUGCUGCGCAUAGAGGUAGAGCGUGCCGAAAAUGAACGUAAUUUCAAUGAGCGCAUGCAGAAGCUGGAAUUGGAACAGUUAACAUAUAAAUGUAAUAAAGAAAUACUGGAAACUGAACGAAAGGCAUUUCAGGAAGAGGCUCAAAAUAAUGCCAACAAAACGACUACAGAGGCACUUUACACACCGACUUUUAAAUCAAACCUGCUCGAUGACAUCAACAAUAUUAUGCAAAAUCCCAGUGAAAAAGGUCUUCAUAAAACACAACUCUUGGUAAAGGAAGCAACACAACGUUGCCGCAGCCUGGGUCUACAAAUAGAUUUUCGGCAUUCGCAAGUUCUUGACGAAUUCGGCAUAUUUCACACUGUCGUACUACUCCAUGAUAGUUUGCUUCGGCGUAAAGCCGAAUGGCCUAUUGCGAGGCUUGGUGUUUGGCUUGAUAUGGUGCGUAUUAACGAGGAUUUAACAUCUGAAAAUAUUUUUAAUUGUGUGGAUAUGAACUGGGAGCCAUGGGAAAAUGACGAAACUGCAACAUUAAAUGAUUCGCUCAACUCGAGUCGUAUUUCUUUAAAUUUAAGCAUUGUUAAGGAUGGUUUAUUAAAAAAACCACUAACGAAAUUACAAUUAUUUGAAACUUCUUCGCAUUCCCCUUCAUCUGUCAGCACGUCGUCUUUAGAAGAAGGGAAAUGUUUUAUUCAGUCAACGGUACCUAAAAGAGGUAUAACAAAAAAAGUUUUAAGCUACGACGAUUGUAACGACUCGUUAGAAAAUCGUACAUCAAAUACCUCCGAGAAGAUAACUUCACCUACAACUGUGCGCUCCAAUAAUUUAAAAGAUGAUUUUACCGUCUUAGCUUUAGCGCAUCUACGUGAUAUGGAGCGUUCAGCUUCACGUUUAAGAUUACUCUGUAAUCGGUUUAAUAAUGAGAGGGAAAAUGUACCUAACAACACGCCAAAACAGCCGGAACGUUUAAAGGAAUCGCUAAACGAACUGGACAAAAUUAUACAUGGAAUGCGUUUCGCUCUUGACAAUAGUGCGUUAAGUGAAGACAGAGAAAUAGCAGAAUCUAGAAUGCAAAAAGCGGUACGAUUUCUCAUAGAUUAGAUUAGUUAAAUCUUAUAUACAUCUUAUUGUAAUUUUUCCCUAGUAAAAACUGUACUUAUAUAAUAUUAUAUAUUAUUGUGUUUCGUUUGCAUGCCUAAAAUAGAAGAGAAUAUACAAAUUAAAUAAAA